CUCAGCAGAGGUCUGUGCUGCUCAGCACUCAAAAUGCCUGAGUUAAUUCGGCGGCCACUCUUACUGCUGUGAGUGAGUGGGGAGUGCUGGACUGACAUGAACAUGAUCAACUGCAGACGCCCCAGUCGUAGCAACAGAGGAGGGAUAUGGGGAUGGUGCAUCCUCCUGCUUCACAUCAGCCCUCUCUCCUGUUUUGCAAAUUUCAGCCAAGCAAAAGAGCUCAUCUAUAAGAUAAAGGAGGGAUUACCCACCGGGACCUUCAUAGGGGCCAUCGGAGUCGACUUAAAGUUGGAUUUCACCGUCCAGCCCCCCUUUCUGUUCAAUCUCCCACAAAAGGAGGUCAUUCAGCAGUAUGUAAACCUAAAUAAUACCACUGGGGAGCUUUACACAUCUGCUACAGAGAUUGACAGGGAGACCCUCUGUCCUGAUAACUCAGCGCGCCAUGGAUGUGUCCUCUCGCUGGACGUGUUUUUGUUGCCUCAGCAGCACUUUCAGCUAAUCAAAGUCAAGAUCAUAAUUGAGGAUGUGAAUGACAACAGGCCAAAGUUCCCUGUGAAUGAGAUCUGUAUAUCCGUCCCUGAAAACACACAUGUCAGUGCUCGUUUCGCAGUGGAGCACUCUGCCAUGGACCCGGACCUGGGUUCUCAUGGAGUACAGACCUACUGGCUGGUUAAUGACUUUGGCAUGUUCACACUGGAUGUUGAGGAGAAUGAGGGAGGCGAGCUCACACCCUUCCUCAUUGUGACAGAAGCCUUGGACAGAGAGAAACAGGCUGAAUACAUCACAGAUAUCAUCGCAGAGGAUGGGGGGACUCCUCCUCUACUUGGCGCGGCCACCUUUAAAAUUGUCAUCACGGAUGUAAAUGAUAACUGCCCCCAAUUCACCGUGACACAUAUUAACAUCAGUCUACAUGGAAAUACAAGCAAAGGGGCACAUUUGGCACGUUUGCACGCUUUUGACACCGACCUUGGUGUUAAUGCACAGAUCAGCUACGCUUACAGUGACAGAGUGCCAAGGGACACGAGGAGCUUGUUCCAUUUGGAUAAAAUCACAGGCUUGAUUAAGCUUGCAGCAAAAAUAGACUCUGUCACGGCCACGUUUUACAAACUCACUGUUCUGGCUAAUGGACCUGGUUGUAUUCCUGCUGUUGCUACGGUCACUGUCCAUAUCAUAAAGGAUAUCACUGGCCCUCCUGCUGUCAUACCACGGUAUAUCGCACCAGAAAAGGAGGGAGUGGUGACAGUCAAGGAGUCAGAGCCAGCAUUCUCUCCAAUUGCUUUUUUCACUGUGAAGAACAUUGAUAAGAACCAAAAGGUGGACUGUAAUUUGGAAGGAACCGGUCCCUUCAGGCUUGGCCCCUAUAAGCAGUUCAAGAACGAAUAUCUGCUGGAGACAACGGAGCCCUUGGACUAUGAAAAGACACAGGACUACGAUCUUAUUGUGGUCGCUAAGAAUACUCAAGGACUUGUAAUCAAGACCUACCUCAAAGUGCAGGUACUGGACGAGAAUGAUAACGCACCAGAGUUUCAGCAAUCUUUGGUGGAAAUAUCCAUUGAGGAAAACAAUCCACCAAAUACCUUUCUGACUCAGCUCCAAGCCACAGACCUGGACGGCGAAGGCAGAGGGGAAGUCAACUACCUCCUGGGAGGUGAUGCACCUGGGAUGUUUGCUGUGGAUCGCGUGACAGGAGUCCUGACUGUAGCCACAUCGCUUGACCGCGAGGAGAAAGAGAAAUAUCGCUUCAUUGUGAGAGCAGUGGAUCAGGGGACACCCAGGAGGGAGUCCAUUGCAACCGUGCUGCUGACAGUGCAAGACCGCAAUGACAACAGUCCCAGAUUCAUCAAUAAGGACUUCACUUUCUUUGUGCCAGAGAACUUCCCCGGUUACGGCGAGAUUGGGGUCCUCUCAGUGACAGAUGCUGACGCUGGAGAAAAUGGCUGGGUCGCACUUUCCAUCAUCAAUGGCAGUGACAUCUUCAUGAUAGACACGGGUCGAGGCACACUGAGGACUAUGACGUUGCUGGACCGCGAGCAACAAGGGACGUAUCAUUUGUGGAUUGAGGCCAUCGACGGUGGACAACCUGCCCUUUCCUGUGUUGCCAUGGUGACUGUGUUGUUGUUGGACGUUAAUGACAACCCUCCUAUUGUCCUCUUUCCCCAGUCCAAUCAGUCUUACAUGCUAGUGCUACCAAACACAUUACCAGGAACAUCAAUUACAGAGGUGUAUGCUGUGGAUAAGGAUACAGGCAUGAACGCUGUGAUUGCCUACAGUAUCAUUAAGAGGAAAGGUGGUGAGCCGGGGUCAUUUGCUAUUGACCCAGACACUGGAAAUAUCACAUUAAAGAGGGAGCUCAACAACCGCGGCCUCUACAGCCUGCUGGUGAAGGUCAGCGAUCAUGGCCAGCCUGAACCUCUUUACUCAAUGGUUACAGUCAACUUUUUUGUAAAUGAAACAGUCAGCAAUGAGAGUUACAUCCAGAGCCUGCUGACCAAAGAAGCUGACAUCGAGAUAGAGGAGAGGCCUUGGUAUGUUGGCCAGAUGACAGAAGGGCCUGAAAGGUAUGAGCUGUGUCCAUGUCAGCCUGCCCUUAUUUUUCUUUCAGUGACAUGCCUCGGGCUGUUUUGCUUGGUUGUUGGUCUAACAGCUUAUAUAUGCCGCAACAGGUUUAAAAAGAGCAGAAAGAGAAAAUCAGAGGUGGAAAUGCCUUUAAAAAUGAAGAAUGACUCCAUGCAGAUUGUAAACGGAAAGCUCAGGCAGAUCUCAGACACCUAACAUCCAUCUGUCAACGAAAUUAAAAAAAAAUCCAGUUUACAUGAAUGUUUACAAAACUCACUGUGAGUUAGUAAGUAAGUUUCUCAUUUUGCUUGUGUCAUACAAAUUCAAUAAUUGUGUUAUAAAUCACUGGUUCCCAAACAAUGGGUUGGGACCCACAGAUGGGUCAUAGGAGAUUUAUUUGGGGUCCCCAAAAAUUUAUUUAUGUACACAUUUCUUUACCAAUUCAAAAUGAACACAGAUAUGGCUAUAAUUUAAUUUUUUUACAUGAUUUUGCUCUUGUCAUGACUGAUAGAUAGUUUGCCAUCUUUAAAUAAGUGGGUCCCCGUGUAGAAAGUUUGGGAAACACUGAUUUAAAUUAUACGCCAUGGGUUUGUCAUUGUGACACACACACUACUUUGUCCACAUCUACAGUGUAGGAGUACAGACAUGACAGAUUUGAAGUGUCAGAAAACCAAAGUAAUCCAAUAGUAGUUGUGUCAAAUCAGCAGCUUUAUCACAAAGUAAAGGGAGCAACCAAUCCGAGUUCAAAUAUAACUUCCAAAAAAACAUUUGCAUUAGCAUUAAAUGGUCAAAUUACACGCACAACAAAUGUUUAUUUCUCAGCUCCUGGUAUCACCUAAUCUGUGCAUUGUAUUUUAUUUGUUUUCCAUAUACAGUUCAAAUGUAGAUCAAGAUUUAUAACUUUAAGGCGACUUUAGAGAACAUUAGGGAAGCACACAGUGUCAUGUAUCAAUUUGAGGUUUUAGAAAGCUAGCAUACUAAACAUGAUUUUUUAUGAACAUGACAAUUCAUUUAUAAUUUGAAACAGGCUUAGGGACCAAAAACAAAGGCAAUCAAUUUCUAGUUUUACCAGCACUUGCAAUCACAUUUUCUUUGUUAUGGGCUGAUAUGUAUUCCAAAAUUCAAAAAAACAUAAUAACAUACAACAAGAUGAGGUUGAAUGCUUGGAAAGAUAAGUGAUUUAAGAUGUGUGUUGUCAAAAUCCUGUGUGACAUUUUGCCCUACUUUGUGUGAAGGCUCACUGACUGUGUACUGUGUGUAAAACAAAGUCCAUUAUUUUCAUUUCACUGGACAAUUUGAAUUGUUUCCUCACUGUCAUGCAUUUGCUUCAGUUAUACAGUAUGUCACCCUCCUUUAAAAAAAACCAAAAAACCCAUGGAAUUCUCAAUGUGUCUGUGAAAACAUGGUGUUUAUGACAGAAAAUUGAAUUAUCUAUUAAAGAUUCUUUAUUUUUAUAAUA